AUGGCAGCCGCCGGCGAUGCCGGCCUCGACGUGGCGGCGGUGGAAAGUUUCCUAGAGAGGCACCCGGAGCUGGUGGAGAAGUGGCUGCAGAGGAAGAACUCGCUCCCUAAAGUGCCUGCCGUCCCCGCCGCCCCCGCUGGCGGCCCUUCGGAGGAGCGGCGGAGCAGCGACGGCCCCGGCAGCAGCUGGGGGACCGCGGGCGGCCCCGGCGGUCCCGGCCCCGGCCCCGGGGGGCUGCAGCGCCGAGCGUCCCAGAAGGAGCUGCGGAAGAGCUUCGCCCGCUCCAAAGCUAUCCACGUCAACCUCACCUACGACGAGCAUGUGCACGCCCGCGCGCAGGAGCCGCUGAGCAGCGUGCGGCGGCGGGCGCUGCUGCGGAAGGCCAGUUCCUUGCCCCCCACCACCGCCCACAUCCUCAGCGCCCUGCUGGAGUCCCGCGUCAGCCUGCCCCAGUACCCCCCCACCGCCCUGGACUACAAGCGCUACCUCAAGGAGCACAACGAGCGCCAGUUCUUCCUGGAACUGGUCAAGGACAUCUCCAAUGACCUGGACCUCACCAGCCUCAGCUACAAGAUCCUCAUCUUCGUCUGCCUCAUGGUGGACGCGGACCGGGGAUCCCUCUUCCUCGUGGAGGGGACAUCCGCCGGCAAGAAGACGCUGGUGUCUAAGUUCUUCGACGUGCACGCCGGCACCCCGCUGCUGCCCUGCGGCUCCACCGAGGACAGCAACGAGGUGCAGGUGCCCUGGGGCAAGGGCAUCAUCGGCUACGUGGCGGAGCACGGAGAGACGGUCAACAUUCCCGACGCCUACCAGGAUCGACGCUUUAAUGAUGAGAUUGACAAACUGACUGGAUACAAGACAAAGUCACUCUUGUGCAUGCCCAUAAGAAAUAGUGAUGGAGAGAUUAUUGGUGUUGCCCAAGCAAUAAAUAAGACUCCAGGAGGUGCCCCUUUUUCAGAUGAUGAUGAAAAGGUGAUGCAGAUGUACCUCCCCUUCUGUGGGAUUGCCAUAUCCAAUGCCCAGCUAUUUGCAGCUUCGAGGAAGGAAUAUGACAGAAGCAGGGCUUUACUGGAAGUAGUGAAUGACCUCUUUGAGGAACAGACUGACUUAGAGAAAAUUGUCAAGAAAAUUAUGCAUCGGGCCCAGACUCUACUGAAGUGUGAACGGUGCUCAGUAUUACUUCUGGAAGAUAUUGAAUCACCAGUGGUGAAAUUUACAAAAUCUUUCGAAUUGUUGUCUCCAAAAUGCAGUGCUGAUACUGACAACAGUUUCAAAGACAGCAUGGAAAAAUCAUCUUAUUCUGACUGGCUAAUAAACAAUAGCAUUGCUGAACUCGUCGCUUCCACAGGUCUCCCAGUGAACAUCAGUGAUGCCUAUCAGGAUCCUCGCUUUGAUGCUGAGGCUGACCAAAUUUCUGGCUUUCACAUAAGAUCUGUUCUGUGUGUUCCUAUAUGGAACAGCACCCACCAAAUAAUUGGAGUAGCUCAAGUGUUGAACAGGCUUGAUGGGAAAUCCUUUGACGAUGCUGACCAGCGACUGUUUGAAGCUUUUGUUAUUUUUUGUGGCCUGGGUAUCAACAACACAAUUAUGUAUGACCAAGUGAAGAAAUCCUGGGCAAAACAGUCUGUGGCUCUUGACGUGUUGUCUUAUCAUGCAACAUGUUCGAAGGCAGAAGUUGAUAAAUUCAAGGCAGCAAACAUCCCUCUGGUGUCAGAACUUGGCAUUGACGAUAUCCAUUUUGAUGACUUCUCGCUCGAUGUGGAUGCCAUGAUUACUGCAGCCCUGCGGAUGUUCAUGGAACUUGGAAUGGUUCAGAAAUUUAAAAUUGACUACGAGACGCUGUGUAGGUGGCUUUUGACGGUGCGGAAGAACUAUCGAAUGGUCUUGUAUCACAACUGGAGGCACGCUUUCAACGUCUGCCAGCUGAUGUUUGCCAUGUUAACUACCGCAGGAUUUCAGGAGAUUCUAACUGAAAUUGAAAUUUUAGCUUUGAUUGUGGGAUGCUUGUGUCACGACCUUGACCACAGGGGAACCAACAAUGCCUUCCAAGCCAAGAGUGGAUCAGCCUUAGCUCAGCUCUACGGCACCUCUGCUACCUUGGAGCACCACCAUUUCAAUCAUGCUGUCAUGAUUCUCCAAAGUGAGGGUCAUAAUAUCUUUGCUAACUUGUCCUCUAAGGACUACAGUGACCUUAUGCAGCUUCUAAAGCAAUCGAUAUUGGCAACAGACCUCACUCUGUAUUUUGAGAAGAGGACCGAGUUUUUUGAGCUUGUCAGUAAAGGUGGUUAUGAUUGGAAUAUAAAAAACCACCGAGAAAUAUUUCGAUCAAUGCUAAUGACAGCCUGUGACCUUGGAGCUGUGACCAAACCGUGGGAGAUUUCAAGACAGGCAACUGAGCUGGUCACCAGUGAGUUCUUUGAACAAGGAGACAGAGAAAGAUCUGAACUCAAACUCACCCCUUCAGCCAUUUUUGAUCGGAACAGGAAGCAUGAACUACCCAGGUUGCAGCUUGAGUGGAUUGAUAGCAUCUGCAUGCCAUUGUAUGAGUGUCUAGUGAAGCUGAAUGUGAAACUGAAGCCUAUGCUGGACUCCGUGGCAGUAAAUAGAGGUAAAUGGGAGGAGCUGCACCAAAAAAGACUUCCUUCUCAGGCGGCAUCCUUGUCCUCCUUUUCCUCUAGCUUCACCAUGUCUCUCAAAGACAUAAAUUAAGCCUGCAAAUAUCAGUGUCACUUUACAAUAAGAGCUGUCUGAAAGGUUUUCAUAAGCUUAGACCCACCAUUUUUUAAGAAAGGCUUUCUCAGACAUGCUUAAUUGAUGGGAUAUUAUCUUGAUGGCAGCACAGUUUGCUUUUCCUGGAAGGCUUAGUGGGACUGAACGGAAGCCUGCAGUGGGAUUGCGCUGGUAUCUGGAGUGACACGGAACACUGAACAGAAGAAGUGUUCAUUCAGCUCCACUACAAUUCAACUGCUGCUGUAAAAAUCUGUAAAGCUGACAACAGACUGAAAUAUAAGAA